AUGGAGCCAAAUGCGGUCCCGAAUCCUGCGCCAUCUGCGCCUGCGCCGUCAGCAGGCGACUUAAUUCUGCAGCAAAGAACCCAGGCGUUACAGCCACAAAAAAGUGAUGGGACUCUCCUGUCCCAGCUGACUAGCAAUCCCUUGUUCACCGCGGGCUUCGGUCUCGCAGGCUUGGGAGCUGGGUUGACAUUCGCACAAAAAGGCGUCCGGCAUGGCGCUGCUCUGCUCCGCAGGCGCAUGCUAGUGGACGUUGAGAUCAGCAUCAAAGAUGAUUCCUAUCCGUGGUUUCUGCACUGGAUGACUCUGUACCAACAGUCCCAACUCACCGCGUCCAAGGCUGCAGCGAAUAAUGUCGGCUACAUGGAUCGAUUCCUACAGCGGCUCACCCCCGGCAUGCGCCACCUCUCGAUUCAAACACAAAAGCUGGAACACUCAAACGGAGCCAUUCACACACACUUCUCACUCGUACCUGGCCCCGGAAAGCAUGUCCUACGAUAUAAAAAUGCUUUCAUCUUUGUCAAUCGCAUGCGAGAGUCAAAGUCACGCGACAUUCAGACCGGAAAGCCCUGGGAAACCAUCACCCUAACCACCCUCUACUCUCAACGCCACAUCUUCGAGGAUCUCUUCACCGAGGCCCACGCCUACGCUGCCAAAUCGCACGAAGGCAAAACUACUAUUUAUAACAGCUGGGGAACGGAAUGGAAGCCAUUUGGCAACCCACGCCGGAAGCGUCCUUUGGAGUCUGUGAUCCUCCAAGAGGGCGUAAAGGAACGCAUCGUGGAAGAUGUGGAAGAUUUUAUCUCAAGCUCGUCAUGGUACCAUGAUCGUGGAAUCCCAUACCGCCGAGGAUAUCUUCUCUAUGGUCCUCCUGGUACAGGCAAGAGUUCCUUCAUCCAGGCGCUAGCAGGCGAGUUGGACUAUGAUAUCGCCAUUCUGAAUCUGAGCGAGCGAGGCUUGACAGAUGACCGACUCAAUCAUCUUCUUACAAUUGUGCCCAAUCGCACGCUUGUCUUGUUAGAAGAUGUCGAUGCUGCGUUCUCAAAUCGCCGUGAACAAAGCGAUGCCGAUGGUUAUCGAGGCGCUAAUGUGACUUUCUCCGGUCUGCUGAAUGCCCUGGAUGGCGUUGCCAGUGCGGAAGAGCGGAUUAUCUUCCUCACAACCAACCACGUCGAUCGCCUUGAUGAGGCUCUGGUCCGACCUGGACGUGUCGACAUGACUGUUCGCUUGGGAGAAGUCACUCGCUACCAGGUUGGGUGUCUUUGGGAUCGAUUCUACGCAGAGAACGAUACCGACGGACAGUAUCGCGCUGUGUUCCUGUCUCGACUUGAACAGCUUGGCUUGAUCGAGGAUGAGGCUGGUAACAAGGCUGAUCGCUCCCUGAACACCAGUGCUGCGGCUCUGCAGGGAUUGUUCCUGUACAACAAGGGCAAUAUGGAGGGUGCUAUCUCCAUGGCCGAAGGUCUUACCUACAGUGCACACACUGAGGCAUUGGGCCAGGAUCAAGGAAAAAGAACUUAA